AUGACCCCCCUAAGAACCCCCCAAUCCUGGACCCGCUCCAUCACCCUCCCUCCCAAUGAUCAUUCCACAACAACAAAAGGCAACACCACCGUAACAUACACAAUCUCAACGGACCCGGCUUUGAUCCAGCCUGAGGCAGUACAAGCCGCCUUUGCGACAGACAUGAUCUAUUGGGCGCGGCCGUUUGACGAGGAGGAACUGAGGGUGUGUUUGAGGACGUCGCUUUGUUUGGGGUUGUAUCAAGAAGACAACCACGACCCAACCAAACCGCAGCAGAGCACCAACAACGGGGCAACCAACACACAGGAAACAACCCCCCUGAAAAAGUCCCCCGCCACAAAAGAAAUGAAAAUGAUAGGCCUCUCCCGCCUAAUAACCGACACAGUAACCUUCGCCUAUCUCACAGACGUCUACGUCCUCCCCGCCCACCAGAACCGCGGGCUCGCCCGCUGGAUGAUGGCCUGUCUGGACCAAAUCCUAAAUUCCUGGCCCAACUUGAGGCGCUGUCUCUUGUUCACGAGCGGCGAGGGGGCUGUGAGGUUGUAUGAGCAGACGUUGGGGGCGAGGGAGGUUAUUUCGGGAGGGACGGGGGGGGAAGGAGGGGGACUGGUUAUUAUGGAACGGACGGGGCCGGGGAAGGUGUUUGCUUAG